CCUUUACCACAAUAAAACCAUGGUUAAUUUUCGUAAGGGAAGACCUUGACCAUGAUUUUACUAGAAAUAUCUUUAAAUUGUUGUUACUGCAGCAAAACCGUGGUUAAAUUACAAAGUUACACUGAUAUUUUGCCGGAAACUGACGUUACCAUGGUAAAUGUUCAGACUAGUUAAAAGCAAUAGUUUAGAUUCCUCCCGUAUAUCUGAAGGGUGUGUCGAGAUAGAGAAGAACCGACACGUGAUCAGAAGUUACUCCACACAGAUCAGCACAAACUUGUGUUUUCUUUCAUUCUUUGCCAUUUGUGAUCGAUUUAAGGUAAGCCCACCUGGAUUCGAAUUAUCCACUAUUAUCCACUACAGGAAACCAAGACUGACACGUAUUUUUGGCAAAUAAAAAUUUUGAAGGAUGGCCGAACAACUACAGAAAAUUGCACAGAAGAAGGAUGUCGUGGAGACCGUGAUGGAAGUAUUUGAGCAGGGUGCCGAAGUGAUAGCUAGCGUCGCUGGAGAUAUUUUCCCUGUUUUUUCCAUCGUGGCUCCUAUUGUAAAACUAGCGCUGGAUAAUGUAGAGAGCAAGGAGGCUCAGUACAUGACAGAACAGUUUCAGAAGGUACGAGAUCGCCUCGAAGCCGUUUCUGAAGAGAUCCAGCAGAUCAACAAUGAGAUCAAGAGAAGCGGCAUAGAUGAUACCUACUUCUCUGUGGAGGAGAACCUGCUCAACCAGUUCCGCAAAUUUAUGGAGGUCCUCAAUGCCAAACCUAAAUUCAGAGAAGUCAGAAAGAAGACCUUCCUGGAGCACUUCAAGAAGACAGGUGGUGACAACAACCUCCACAAACUGUAUAACGCGGUAACAGGAGAUAAUUUCUCUGGAGAGUCCGUGCUGGAGAUCACGCUAAACUAUGAGCAGAAGAGCCGCAGGCCAGUGGAGGAAUUUUGUGCUAUGCUGAAGCAACUGUUUUGCAUCGGUUUGAUAGCUUUAGUGGGACACGCAAGUCUGGAAGGUUAUGGUGAAGAAGAGAAGUUGCUUCAAGAGUGGGGCGAGAAGAUGAAAGUGGUCCAAUCUAAAAUGAUUGUCGUAAUCGAAGACUGCAUCAACAGCUUUCCCACGCAGGCUGAGCUGGACUCCAAACGUAUCGUGAGAGACCACAGCGACAAAAGCAACCAGCAGCUGGCUGACAUGUUAAUCGAACAUUUGAAAAAGAAAUACGACUGGGUGUGCUGGUCGGUCCGUGUCUUUAACUCUCCUACGGGCAUACUCACCAGUAAGAAAGACUUUCAUGGUUUGACGGGAAAGAGUCGAUUUCAGGUGCCGACAUCUGAUGAGAAGUUAAACGUUGUGAUCUCGUACAGCGCCUCGCCUGAACCCGUACGUAAAGACCAGAUACAGAAUCUGAUCUCGGAACAGAAGAAGCCCGCCAUGACGGCGAUGGCCGAACAGCUUUUUGAGGCGAUCCCUGUUUGUGUGGUUCAUACAGUCAAGAACUCAUGUAAAGAUCUGGGCUUCUCCUGCAGCUUCUCUGAUGAGCUGCACUACUAUGAAAAGUUUAAGAAUUUCUGUGUAUUUCUUCAUUCUGCCUAAAGCCAGCAGGAAACAAUAAUGUCAUGGUCAACAGCUAAACAGAUGUUUGCAACAUGAUACUUUAGUAGACCUUAAAAUGACAAUACGUAACCAUUAUGUGGUUAUGACUUAAGGGCCAAAACAUAUUUUAGUGACAACUGAGAGUUUAAAACUAUGACUGAUAUACUAUUCACUGUCUUUUUAUACAUUUUUAAAUAGUCAUGUUUUAUCCAAGCUUCUCUAAAGUUGUAAAUCAGUGGUUCUCAAACAUUUUGCCCCGCAAGCCCCCCUCCCACCGCGUUGUGUGGGGUGCAUUCCUUUGCGCCCUACACAAUUUAUUAUUUAAAUAAUUGUUAAUUAAUAAUUCUUUGAAAUCUGGAUUUAUUAUAAAUAAAGUAUUUUAAAUGUCAUAAAACUGCCCCCGGCACCAUCUUGCACCUCCCAAGGGGGGCGCGCCCCAUGGUUUGAGAACCACUGCUGUAAAUAAAUACUUUUAUUAUUUAAAUUAUGUACUUUUAUAUUUCCAAAAUUCAAAUCUUUGAAAGCUAUUCAGAGUGCUUUUCAACAAAAGUAUAAAGGUAAUCUAGUUACUCAUGAGAACAAUUGAGAAGCUCAGAUGCAAAACCGCUAAACGCAGCCCGGCCACACAAAAUUACGUACCUAUAGUCAUUAGUCACGUAAUUUUUUUAUUCUUUUUCGUGAUACUGUCACGAAUUUCUGAGUCUUUUCGUGAUCGUAUCACGAAUUUCUGUUUAUGUGUCAUUGUCACGUAUUGGUUACUCAACUGUUUUCUCCUAUUUUCUUACCAUUGUCGCUUC